GAGCAGCACCCGAGAACUUCACAUAUAUAUUCAAUUUUCUAAUGUGUUGUGUCAGCCGCCUGUCAUGACUCGCAAUAUAAUAAUGUGGCCACCGUGUUUAUUAUUGAUUCUAUCGAUUUGCUGCUUUAUAUUCUCUACCGCUAAUUGUUUUCUUCGACCGCGCGUAACUGAAUCAAGGGAUAUUUUUUCGUUUGACGGAAUAUGGGACUUCAAAUUGGCACCCAGGACGGACCCCGAUAUUGGAAUGAGAGAAAAGUGGUGGAAAAAACCUAGACUUGGUGGAGGAGAAGUGAUUCUGAUGCCUGUACCAAGCAGUUACAACGAUAUUACGCAAGACGCGAUAAUUCGCGACCAAAUCGGAGUGGUUUGGUAUCAAAAGUGCGAAUUUUUGCCUCGGCGAUUCACCGACUCCUCUAGGAGGGUCGUCCUCCACUUCGGGAGCGUCAAUUUCCGCGCCGCUGUAUGGGUUGAUGAUUUAAAAGUAAUGGAACACGUCGGAGGUCAUCUUCCAUUUGAGAAGGAAGUAACUUUGCAACUAACUAAAGCCGAAAAGCGCAAGGUGUGCGUUACAGUGGCUGUGAAUAACACGCUCACCCCAAAUACGAUUCCGCAAGGCAGGGUGGUUCAGUACAAGGACAAAGAAAAAUAUCCCAAAGGAUUUGUAACACAAAAAUUAAAUUUUGACUUUUUCAACUACGCCGGCAUUCAUCGGCCAGUGAUUUUGUACACAACACCCUUUGCACACAUAAAAGAUGUUACUAUUUUAACUGACGUUGAUUUUGGUUCAGAUGUCCCUAUUGGAAUUAUAAACUAUGAACUGGAAUUUAGUGGACCAGGCGUAGGCGACAAAUGCAGCUUUAAUUUGAUUGUUUACGAUGAAAAUCACGACGAAGUGGCUAAAGUCGAAUCACAGACCGAGUUAAAUGGCGAAAUAAAAAUUAAAAAUCCCAACUUAUGGUGGCCCUACUUAUCAAAUUCGGAGGACCGCUUUGCAUAUCUUUACACUAUUGAGAUUCAACUAACAGAUGGAAAUAAUGUGUUCCCAAAAGACGUGUAUCAAUUAAAAGUCGGCAUUAGAUCUCUGGGCUGGGACCAGUCGAUGCAAAAUAGCAUCCUGAUAAACAAUAAGCCGCUGUAUAUUAGAGGUUUUGGGCGCCACGAAGACGCAGAUAUCAGGGGUCGGGGCUGGGAUUUGGCGAUUGCUUUGCGAGACGCAUAUUUGAUGCAGUGGAUUGGCGCAAAUGGAUACAGAACGUCCCACUACCCCUACAGUGAAGAGAGUCUCGACAUUGCAGAUAAAUUUGGCUUCGUGGUAAUUGCCGAGACUCCUGCGAUUGGCCUCUCAAAUUUUACCGCCCGUUUGCAAAAGAAACACCUUGAAAUUACUAAGGAACUUAUUGACAGAGACAAGAACAGGCCAAGUGUGAUUAUGUGGUCACUCUCGAAUGAGCCGUUGACGCAACUUCCUGCCGCUGACAACUAUUUUAAAGAAAUGGUUCAAAACGUAACAAUGCUUGAUGCCACCAGGCCAGUGACUUUUGUAACAAGCCAACAAUGGAACAACGAUGUUGCGGUUCAGCACAUGGACGUGGUGUGUGUAAAUAGAUAUGCUGGCUGGUAUGGGGACGAGGGCCACCUUGAGUUAAUCGAACGACAGACCAUUUCAGAAAUUAAAAACUGGCAUAUUAAAUUCGGAAAGCCGGUCAUUUUGACUGAGUACGGUGCGGGUGCUCUGUCGGGAUUUCAUUCACUUCCAAGCGCAAUGUGGACGGAAGAUUUUGAGGCACAAGCUUUGUACCAGCAUUUUGGUGCUUUUGAUAAAUUGUACAAGUGGGACAUGUUGAUGGGGGAAAUGGUCUGGAAUUUUGCUGACUUUCUUACACCUCAAGAGAUAAUACGGCCGACUGGCUGCAUGAAGGGCGUCUUUACGAGGAACCGUCAGCCAAAAAUGGCAGCCUACGUUUUGAGAAAGAGAUAUUGGCAAUUGGCACAUGACCACUGCAAUGUUAAUUUUAAAGGAAAAAACCGUCAUGACUUUUGUCGCGUUAGGCAUCGCGAGUUUAAUAAUUUAUUUGAGCAGACAAAUUAAAGGACUAGAAGACUAUUGCUCUUACUAUGAUUCAUGUUCUGCUGAUGGCUCAUUCCUACAUAUCACAGAUAUCCGUCUUGUUCGAGGGAUCUUCUCUCCUUUGAAAAUAGAAUCCUGUUCACCCAAAAUUUCAUGUGUGUAGUCGUAACGCGAGUCGUUUCUAAAAUAAAAGAAAAACAUUGAGUGUCAAAAUAUAAAAGUGGUUGGCAAACACUCACUUCAUAAUAUAGAGUGA